CAGUGGAACCGGAUAACUCUUUCACGGCUAACAACGACAUAUUUCAUCUUCUCUCUUGUUCAUUGUAUCAUCCAAGUCAUCCUCCAGGUCCGAGCGUAUACCAUCAACCUCGCUGCCGACGAUUUCCUGGUUUCAAUCACUGACCAGGGGAAUGCCAGUGCCUCAAACGGCUUCUUUAGCACCGGUACCUCCGCAACCCCCACUCAGGUCUCCAGUGUACAGUCUCUAGAGAGUGUGACGGUCUCUGGGCAAGUUACUAAAACCACCGUUGUUGUCAAGACGGUUGUUGUGACGCCCACCCCAGCUCCCCCCAAACCGGAUAAUGAUGAUGAUGAUGACGACAAGGAUGAGGACAUUGAAGUCCACGACAAUGUCGAAAAGCCCUCCGCAUUUGAGACAUGGAAACGAUCUUCGCUUGAGAUUGAGCAAAUUGACUCUAUUAACGCGAAUGGGUCUGUCACUGUGACCUUUAGUGGGAUGGGGUGGAGCGAUCAGACAGCCACCCUGGAUCGUCAGUGCUUGUACGCGUUGGACUACCCAGUUCAGGUGCUGCGAAACACAAAGCGAGAAGAUGCUGCCCUGAUUACGUUCCAAAUCUGGACCCUUGGCAUGUCGAUCGUCGCGAUUCUGAACGAGUCGGUCCCUCACAUUUUGGCUUCAUUGCUCACGCACUUGGUUGCCACGGGCGGGACCGCUUUCCAGCUCUUUAACACGAAUCAGUUCCGCGAACAGUUCAGCUACCUGACUACCAACGGCGCGUGCCAACCCCUCAAUCUGCUGCCAGAUUACUGGCAUAGCAGAGCAUCUGUCGAGAUCCCGAGCUUGGUCUUCAACAUCGUGGCCUUGUUGGCGUCUGCUAUCUUGUCCUGGAUGAUGACGAAGACUUUUGGAUGGCAGACGUUCAAGCGUGUCGGUGCCUGCAUUACCAUCUCUCGCAUCUACAAACUCGUGCUUCUCCUUUCCGUUGCAAUCCAGUUGUCGUUGUUCUUCAUGGUCGUAUCUGUCGCCCUUUGGCUUGAUCAGCUGUGGAAUGGUGCCAUUGGUCACCUCGCAAAUGCUAGCUACCGGCCUGCUCUCAUCGUCGUUCUCAUCCUGAUGAUUCCAUGGCUCAUGACAGGAUGGUUUGGUGUCCGUAAAGAACUCAAGGUUAUGACAUGGGUUUUCCUUGUCCUGUGUCUUGGGUAUUUGGCUGGUUGGGCAGCGAUGUUCCUUUCCCGUCACUUCCGUUGGACGUUCGUCACCUGGACGUACUUCGCCCUCAUGACCUCCGCCUCUGUCUUCCUAACUGUCGUAUGCUUCGUCUUGGGAGUUGUGUGCGCGAUGAACUUCAACAAAGGCUUAUUGCACUAUCGUGAGUCCAUCCUUGGAACACAUGCACACGAAUCCUAA